CAUGAAAGAUCAAAUUUCCUAAUUACAUUUAACCAGUUUAAAUCUUUCAAUAUGAUAUUUAUUAGUUCAGUUCGUCUUAGGUUUAUUGCCAGUAAUUUAGCUAAACAAUGUAAAAAUACUAUAAAAUUUAACAAAAUUCCUAGUAAAAAUUUAUUUCAACUUGCAAUUGAUGGCCCUGCUGCUUCGGGGAAAAGCUCUACUGCUAGAAUUGCCGCUCAACGGUUAAAAUUUGAAUAUAUCGAUUCAGGAGCCAUGUAUCGGGUGGUAACGUUAGCGGCACUUCGCCAAAACUUAUCCCCACUUUCACUAGAUGAUGCUUCAAAAAUAACGUAUUUAGCUGCAACAUCUCAUAUCUUUCUUCAUACAAUAUUUAACCCGCCUCCAAUAUCCCACACUUCCUCUUCUAAACCAUCAUUACCACAAACACUAGUAUAUCUAAAUGGGGAAGAUGUAACACAUGAAAUCAGAUCACAGGAAAUAACAAAAAAUAUAUCUGGUAUAGCAUCAAAUCCAGAUGUUAGACAAGUGUUAGUAGAAAAGCAGCGUGCCCUUGCUAAUGGUAUAUAUGAUUAUGAAGGGGAAAAUUCUUCAUUUAAAUUGGACACGUUAAGGAAGUCACCGAAGGGAAUUGUAAUGGAUGGUAGAGACGUUGGUACAGUAGUACUUCCAAAUGCUGAUUUAAAAAUAUUUGUGACAGCUUCAGCACGAGUUCGUGCAAUUCGACGGUAUAAGGAGCUUCAACAGCAACAAUCUACUAUAAAAAAACCUUUAAUAGAUUUUAAUAAAGUAUUAGAAGAUUUAGAGAAAAGAGAUAAAAGUGAUUAUGAAAGAAAAAUAUCUCCUUUGAAAAAAGCUGAUGAUGCUGUUUUAUUGGAUACUAGUGAUAUGAGCGUCAUGGAACAAGCUGAUAAAAUUAUUGAGCUAGUUUUAAAAAGAGCUAAAGAAAAGAAUUUUGAUUUAUAAAUGAACAGGGGAAAAUGAAAACAAAUGUAAACUACUAUCUUUUUAUUGGUUAUCUUUUAUAUUGGUAACUUUACAACUAAUAUAAUUGGAUAGUAGAAUAACAAGCAAAUUUAUCAAAAAGCCAUCAUUUUGAUGUAUAUUAUGAAAAUUUAACGC